CGCGUGGUGGCUGACGCAGGCGUGAGCGACGAGGCGCUGCGCCUGUCACCCCCUCCUCCUGGACUUGCCGCGAAGGGGGCCCCCCCGGCACCAUGGCGGUUCUGUUGGAGACCACUCUGGGCGACGUGGUCAUCGACUUGUACACGGAGGAGAGGCCGCGCGCCUGCUUAAAUUUCUUAAAGUUAUGCAAAAUGAAAUAUUACAACUAUUGCCUUAUUCACAAUGUACAGAGGGAUUUCAUCAUACAGACUGGUGAUCCUACAGGGACCGGCCGUGGAGGAGAGUCUAUUUUUGGCCAACUGUAUGGGGAUCAAGCAAGCUUCUUUGAGGCAGAAAAGGUGCCACGAAUUAAGCACAAGAAGAAAGGCACCGUGUCCAUGGUGAACAACGGCAGCGGUCAGCAUGGGUCUCAGUUUCUUAUUACUACUGGAGAAAACCUAGAUUACCUUGAUGGUGUUCAUACAGUCUUUGGUGAGGUUACAGAAGGCAUGGACAUAGUUAAGAAAAUUAAUGAGACCUUUGUUGACAAGGAUUUUGUACCUUAUCAAGAUAUCAGGAUAAAUCAUACAGUGAUUUUAGAUGAUCCAUUUGAUGACCCUCCUGAUUUAUUAAUUCCUGAUCGAUCACCAGAACCCACAAGGGAACAAUUAGAUAGUGGUCGAAUAGGAGCAGAUGAAGAAAUUGAUGACUUCAAGGGGAGAUCAGCUGAGGAAGUAGAAGAAAUAAAGGCAGAAAAAGAGGCCAAAACACAAGCUAUUCUUUUAGAGAUGGUGGGAGACCUACCUGAUGCAGAUAUUAAACCUCCAGAAAAUGUGCUAUUUGUGUGUAAACUGAAUCCAGUGACCACAGAUGAGGAUCUGGAAAUAAUAUUCUCAAGAUUUGGGCCAAUAAGAAGUUGUGAAGUUAUCCGGGACUGGAAAACAGGAGAGUCCCUCUGUUAUGCUUUUAUUGAAUUUGAAAAGGAAGAAGAUUGCGAAAAAGCGUUUUUCAAAAUGGAUAAUGUACUUAUAGAUGACAGAAGAAUACAUGUGGAUUUUAGCCAGUCAGUUGCAAAGGUUAAAUGGAAAGGAAAAGGUGGGAAAUACACCAAGAAUGAUUUCAAGGAGUAUGAAAAGGAGCAGGAUAAGUCAUCCAAUUUGGUUCUGAAAGAUAAAGUAAAACCCAAACAGGACGCAAAAUAUGACCUUAUACUCGAUGAGCAUGCAGAAGACCCAAAAUCAAGUCACUCACAUACAAGUAAAAAACACAAGAAAAAAACCCGCCACUGCUCUGAAGAAAAAGAAGAUGAGGAUUACAUGCCAAUCAGAAAUACUAACCAGGAUAUCUACAGGGAAAUGGGGUUUGGUCACUAUGAAGAAGAAGAAGCCUGUUGGGAGAAACAAAAGAGUGAGAAGAGAGACCGGCCUCAGAAGCGAAGUCGUAGCCGCUCUCGAGAGAGGGAUGGCCAUUACAGCCACAAAACCAAGCACCAAGCAGAUCCGUAUGAGAGAGAAAGAAGCAAGAAGAGAGAACGAAGCAGAAGUCCAAAGAAAUCCAAAGACAAAGAAAAAUCUAAGUACAGAUGAAAGGUUGAGUCACCAAGAGUGCAUAAGAGAGUAAAACCGAAAUGACGGAAGCCUUACCUUUCAGUGGCUGUUGCUAUGAAACCUUGUUUUGAUGGGAAAAUUUGAGAAGCUUUUGCUUCCUGUUAUUAAAUGAGAAUGUGGAGAUCCCCUUCAUUUUCACAACUGUCUCUCUUCAAACGAUUGGUUCCUCUUGCUGAUGGUACCAUCUUCCGUCUUACCUUGUUACCCACAUGGACUACUGAUGCGGGCCCUUCCCCACCUUCAUCUUGUAUUUCACCUCUUCUCCCAUUCGUUGUCACUGAUGGUCCGAUGGUCCAAGUCUGCAUGAUACUUGGUGUGCUGUUAUUUACUUUGCGGGGGACACUGGGGAGUCUUCAAGAAAGACUGCAUCUCUCUGUGCAAACACACCAGUGGGGGAGUUUGGAUAAGAAGAGAAGUUAGGAAAGUGCAGCUGCUUUGCUGCAACUCUGGAACAAGACCACAGUGAACUCCGCUUCCUACACAAAGGACAGUUGUAUUUCACUGUCUCCUUGGUCCGGUGGAGAGAGCUUGGGAUUUGAGUCCAGCAGGUGCCUGACGGUCUUGCAAUGAUAGGCAGGAUGCGCCAAGCACUUGUAAUACCGGC